GGGUGGAUGAACAGCUGUGGCUGAGAGGCUCCAAGCAGGAUUAAAGGAAGUAUCCUACAACUGGAUGAGAAGACAGUACAGCAAGACAUCAGAUUGUCCUUUCUGUUUCUCCAGAAUGUUAGGGUACAGGCAAGUGGGUAAAGUGCUUGCAGCAAAAGUCUGGCACCCUGAGUUCAAUCUCUGGAGCCCGUGUAAAGGUGAAAGGAGAGACUAUCAGCUCCACAAAGUCAUCCUCAGACCUCCACAUACAGGGCAUAGCGUGCAUGCCUCUUCAGUGCUGGGCAGUUAGAAUAUGCGCACACUGUUCUCCACGGCUCUCUAUUGAUGGUGUCUUAGGUCUGGUGUGUCUGCCACCCUAUUGCUGGUGAUUCCUUCCCAGCCUCCCUGACAGACUUCCUCAUUCCUGUGCCUCCACAUGGGCUGUUCUCAUACAUUUGCUUCCAGAGGAAGAAACUCUGAGACUCUCAUAGUUGAACUGACCUGGGGUUAAAUCCCAACCUACCCAUUUCCUGGCUCUGCAACCUUGGGCAAAUUCCUACAUCCCCACACCUAAUGUUUAUUAACUUUUAGGGUAAGGAGAGUCAGGGUGGAAGUACUUUGGGUCAAUGGUAGAGCACUGGCCUAGCCUAUUGGAGGCAUUGGGUUGGAUCUCCAAAACAGACGGCUAGACCAACGAUCUAUAAUACUGUCUGAGCCAACGCUGUCUACUUUCUAUUUUUUUUCCUACUCAGUUUCAACUCAGAAGAGCUCAUGUGCCCAAUCCUAUGUGUUCUAUCCCGAGCUCAUGAGGAAGACAAAAAUCUCCUUUCCCUGUUUGCAGACUUCUGCUGAGAUCACAUUCCUCUGUCGUCCCCCUACCCCCACGCAGUGUAGUUUUCUCAUCUCUCUCCUCCCCAACCCCCCACGACAGCUCUCAAUGGCUGCCCCAGUGAUAGACAUCCUAAAAUCUCUCAUGCCCCCGUGACCGGUCAUAUCCAAAAUCAAGUGCUGUAAACAGCAGUGUUAUCGGAUGGGAGGCCCUCCAGCUUCUUGUAUGAGUCCUCUUUCUGGACCUGUGACUGAAUCAGCUUAAAGCAAAGACCGGCUUAUUUUGCCUCCUGGUUUCAUCAAUUCACAGUAUUUGGCAUUGCUGCUUUUGAGCCGGUGCUGAAGCAGGACAUCAUGAUCAGAGCAUACUGUGCAAGCAAAGUAGCUCACCUUGUAGCAGCUGAGAGGCCAAGAGAAAUAAAUAAAUAAAUAAAUAUUUAUUUAUUUAUUAUAUAUGAGUACACUGUAGGUAUCUUCAGACACACCAGAAGAGGGCAUCGUAUCCCCAUUACAGAUGGUCGUGAGCCACCAUGUGGUUGUGGGAUUUGAACUCAGGACCUCUGGAAGAGCAGUCGAUGCUCUUAACCACUGAGCCAUCUCUCCAGCCCCAUUUUGUUUUAUUUUAUUUGUCUUUACUCAGGGUCUCACUGGUUAGCCUUGGCUGGCCUGGGACUCACUAGGUAGACCAGGCUGGCCUUGAACUCCUAGAUAUCUGCUUGCUUUAGCCUCCUGACCACUCACAUGUGCUGCCAUGCCUGACAUUUAAAAAAUACUUUAGAAAUUUAUUUUUAUUUUCUGUGUAUGAGUGUUUGGCUGGCACGUAUCUAUGUGUGCCGUGUACAUGCAUGGUAUUCUCAGAGGCCAGAAGAGGGCACUAGAUACCCUGGAACUGGAGUUACAGAUGAUUGGGUGCUACGGUGUGGGACGAUGACUACUUUAAACUCAUCGAGAUGGUUGACUUGCCCUCUCUCUCCCUUUCCCCUUCCUUUCUCCUUGUUCUUUUGCUGGACAGGGUCUACUGUAGCCCAGGCUGGCCCUGACCUUGCUAUGGGUGACCUUGGACUGAUACUUUCCUCACUAGCUCCCAAGUGCUGAGAUCACUUGUAUCUACUUCUGCUCCUGGCUGUCAGCACAGCCUUUCCGAGGAUGAGCUCUUUCUUCUGCAUCAGCUCUCAAAGAAGCAGCUGCAAGAAAAAUCAGGAAUGUAUGAAGCUGUGCCUACCUCCAGUUGCAAAUGUCACAAACCCCCAGGACUCAGGUACUGCCGUGCUGUUGCCUCUGGUUAUCUUCCUAGGUCUUUGCCUUUUAUUCUUUAUCUGCAUCAGUCUACUGUGCCGAUAUCCCCAGUGGAGGCCCAGGGUCUACUCCAUCAUUUGUAGGGAUUCAGCUCCUGUCAAAGAGGUGGAGGGUGAAGGAAUUGUUACUAAGCCCCUAACUCCAGCCUCUAUCCCAGCCUUCAGCCCCAACCCCGGCUUCAACCCCACUCUGGGCUUCAGCACCACCCCACGCUUCAGUCCUCCUGUCUCCAGUACCCCCAUCAGCCCCGUCUUCGGUCCUAGUAACUGGCACAACUUCGUGCCACCUGUAAGAGAGGUGGUCCCAACCCAGGGUGCUGACCCUCUCCUCUACGGAUCCCUCAACCCUGUGCCAAUCCCCGCCCCUGUUCGGAAAUGGGAAGACGUCGUCGCGGCCCAGCCACAACGGCUUGACACUGCAGACCCUGCGAUGCUGUAUGCUGUGGUGGAUGGCGUGCCUCCGACACGCUGGAAGGAGUUCAUGCGGCUCCUGGGGCUGAGCGAGCACGAGAUCGAGCGGCUGGAGCUGCAGAACGGGCGUUGCCUCCGCGAGGCUCAUUACAGCAUGCUGGAAGCCUGGCGGCGCCGCACACCGCGACACGAGGCCACGCUGGACGUAGUGGGCCGCGUGCUUUGCGACAUGAACCUGCGUGGCUGCCUGGAGAACAUCCGCGAGACUCUAGAAAGCCCUGCCCACUCGUCCACGACCCACCUCCCGCGAUAAGGCCACACCCCCACCUCAGGAACGGGACUCGAAGGACCAUCCUGCUAGAUGCCCUGCUUCCCUGUGAACCUCCUCUUUGGUCCUCUAGGGGGCAGGCUCGAUCUGGCAGCCACUUCCUUGGUGCUACCGACUUGGUGUACAUAGCUUUUCCCAGCUGCCGAGGACAGCCUGUGCCAGCCACUUGUGCAUGGCAGGGAAGUGUGCCAUCUGCUCCCAGACAGCUGAGGGUGCCAAAAGCCAGGAGAGGUGAUUGUGGAGAAAAAGCACAAUCUAUCUGAUACCCACUUGGGAUGCAAGGACCCAAACAAAGCUUCUCAGGGCCUCCUCAGUUGAUUUCUGGGCCCUUUUCACAGUAGAUAAAACAGUCUUUGUAUUGAUUAUAUCACACUAAUGGAUGAACGGUUGAACUCCCUAAGGUAGGGGCAAGCACAGAACAGUGGGGUCUCCAGCUGGAGCCCCCGACUCUUGUAAAUACACUAAAAAUCUAAAAGUGA